AUGCAAGUAACACGAAUUCUUAAUCGUGGUCGUGAUCCUGUAGCACCAUUAUCACAAAGAGCUACUAUUGAUUCUGGACGAACUUCUUGGUCAUCAGCUUCAGUUGUUAGUACAAUUGAAACACAAUCACCAGAACCAAGAAUACCCGAAGAAGUUACUCGACAAUUAGAACAAACAUAUGGGACAUCAAUUAUGAAGAAAAAAGUAUAUAUUGCUUUAGGUAUUGUUGUUGUAUUCGUACUUAUUUGUGGUAUUAUUGUUGCCAUUGUUUUACCUCUCACAUUAAAUCAAACUGCGACUACGACAAUCUCAACUACACGAGCUACAACUUCAAUUGUAACUACAACGCAUAGUAAAUGA